AUGCAGGACUUGAACUCACACAUUCUAGCGGUUGCCAGGUUUAUGGCCUGUCAUUUGUGCCAUUCGCACAUCUCGCGGGCCUCAAUCCCUACUCCCUACAGUCUUUCAAGAUUCUUCCCAGACCCUGUCGUUUGUCGACGAUGCAACGACCGCGAGAGCAGCGAAUUUGUUGAAAAAUGCGACUUUAUUCAUUUUCCUGAGUUGUGCCUGAACUGGACUCAUCAGCACCUCCACCGGGAAUCAAACCCAGGUUACGCUAGAGCAGCAUAUAGUUGCAAGGCCACGAUUGCCGUUGGUUCACGGAGCCGAGAACCCCUUUUCUCCAAUCAAAUCAAUUUUCACCGCUUUUAUUUCAAUGCUGUGCAUUUUUCUGGCCUUUCCCACACGAUUUGGGAAGUUUCGAUGCAAUUCCGGCGAUCCAUGAAGAUCAAGGCUACCGAGAAAAUCCUCGUCCUUCGAGACCGUAAGGUUGUUCAUAAAUGCCUUAAGGUACAGCUGAUAAGAAAACCAGGUUGUCCGUCCCUUCCAGUAGCUUCUGAAAGCCUACAUGGUGCAUUUGAGAGUACAUUCCUCAAAGGAUCAAAGGCUGGUCACAUUCUGGAGGCCCUCUCGUGGGUGGUGAAUGCGAUUUAUGGCGAUAAAGAGGAGGAGAAAAAAGAGAUACGAAGAUAUGGAUAG